UUCGAAACAUUAUUAGCAACUCAUUGUUACUUUAACUAAGCUUGCAUUUGGUUAGUUUCCGAAUCGAAAGUUACUAUUUAUUUUGAUUAGUAAUAAUUGAUUAGAUUGAUCAAUGUCAAGAUGCGAUUACGAUGUUAUAUUCUACAGAGUAUUCUGUCUAUCUCUGCUGGUGAUUGCAUUUAUUUUCACAGUCAUAUUGACCAAUGUAUUUGUUGACAUCGAUGGGCUGCUGUCGAAGAAGGAGAAAACUCCCGUACUUCAUGGAACAGAGCCGAAUGAAGAAUCAACUGCAAACCUGCUCAGGGAGAUGAAGCCUGAAAUAAUAUUCAAUGAGGCGAGGAAUUAUGAAGAAGAUGAAGAAGGCUAUAGGAAAGACGACGUUUACGUCAAUGAAGAGGAAUCAUUUAGAAACAAAAGAUCUUUAGAAACAAACUCCUUCUUGUUCCACCUCCAAAACCCAAACUUAAAGAAUGUCCUAACCAACCACCUCAAUGCCUUAUUGGAACAACUUGAUGCAGAGGAGUUCAGUUCCAAUUCUAUUGACGACAGAAAACCAAUUAUGCCAAAUGAAAACCGGAAGAGUGAAAUAACUAUCAAUAAAGAUCAAAGAGCUAAAGAAGUAAAGGCGCCUACAAUUGUGGCAGAAGUUAAUAACACUGGCAAAGUUGACAAAACAGCCGUAGAAAAAAACGAUACGAAUGACAAUAAAAGCAAAACAGAGGACAAAAGCCACAAAGAAAUGCUACAUUUAGCAAUGCAUGAUAUUCUCUUGCAAGGAAUCAUAGGGCACAUGGAUUUGAAUGAAGUUUACAGGAAGAUCAAUGUGUUGUCCAAAAAAAUGGAAUUUCCAGACAAAAUACAAGAUAACCCUGUUUCCAAAAAAGACAAGCCCAAAGUUUUGAAACAGCAAGAAAUUCAGAAUAAUGAAGAAGAUAAAUUCUUUGAGGAACUAACUAAAUGCAAAGACCUUCAGGAUCAAAUACGUGACGCAGUCGCAAAAAAAGAAAAGAAAGAGACAAAAUACAAGACGAGGAAGGCUUCUGAGUCUGAAAAGCCCAUGAUAAUCAGAGCAAUAAUUGAUAUUAGUGGAAUGGAAGAUACACAGAAGCGAGAUAGCCUUUUAAACACAAAAGAUGUCCAAGGUAUUAUCAAAUUCGUUUACAAUGGCAAACCAAUCAAAGUAAAGAUAUUAUCCAGUGAGCCAAGCAAUUCAUUGAAAUCAACAACAGCUAAAUUGCCAAAAACUGACUUGGAACAAACCGAGAACUAUAAAGAAGCAACCCAAGACACUACUAACAAAAAUGAUGAUAUAGACGCAUUCGAAAGUACACCGGUCAAAUUCAAUAUACCGCAAUCGUAUCUCAAUAAAGCUAUAGCAAAUUAUUUCAAGAAAUAUGAUCAUUUAAAAAGCAGUUCCAAUGAAUACUUGAACAGCAAAAGAAGUAUCAAUAAUAAACGUUUUAAACGACAUAUAAAAAUCCAUUACCCAAUAAAUAACAAAACUAAAGCUGAAGAUGAUGAAUUGUAUGUCGAAAUCGAAACCCACUUUGAUAGCAAAGGAAUGAAAGGGGAAAAACGAAAGAAGCUGAUAAGAAACCUUAUCGAGAAAAUAGAAAAUGCGAUUCAUUCAAAUGUCGAAGCAAAAGCUAAUAAAACAAAAAAGCAUUAUCACGCACAUGUGAAAAAAAGAAUACAAAAUCCUUUAGUCGAAAACAUUUUGGAGCAACGCAGCCAUGACAGCUCGAUUGUGUUUAAAAAAGUGGGGCCACUUAAAAGGAACACAGUGGAACGCAGACACUUGAAUCCUAUAGGUAAAGCCUAUAAAUUAGUGAAUGCAAAUAAAAACGAAGUGCCAGGAAUUUACGAUAAACUUGGAGAGAGUUGGAAACAGACAUACUCUGGCCCUGGUUUCUUGCAACCUAGUAAGGCAUUGAACUCUGCAGAAAUGUCCGAGGUAGAUGUAGACUACAACAGAGUUUUGACCUUCAAUGGCAUACCACAGAGGCUACAAAAACCUCUAAACACAGAAAAUUCUGAAGAAGCGCUAGCUACGAAUUAUUAUGACUUGGGUAAUCUUAAAUUUUUCGUAAAAGAUCUCGACCACAGUGGUAUUUCUGUAGGUUUUAAUCAGUAUACUGAUGAAGAACCAGACCCGGACACGAUGAGGAUAUUUACAGGAGUAGACAAUCUCGUUAAAGCAUACAACCACAACUAUGGCAAAACUGAACCAAUUGAGGAAUACAAUUCAGAAACACAGUACAAAAAUCAGUAUGAUUACAACAAUAACGCUAUAAUACCUGAUGAUCACAACAUAAUACGCCGCUCUGCCGUCCAGGAAGAUUAUCACUCCAAUGAAUAUAAAAUGGUAUAUAACAAACACAUACUUCCUUAUAAAAGCUAUCAAGAAAUAUUCGGGAUAAAAAUGAACAAUGUUAAGCAAGUAAUCAGCAAGCAAAAGGUAGAAAACAUGACUGAAAAACCAAUAACAAUGGAUAUAUUUGACAAGAAAUUGAAGCCGAGCGAAAUCUUCUCUUUGGCAAAUAUGUUAGAGGAGUAUCGGAAGAAAAGGUCAAUCACUGUCAAAAAAUAUUCAAAUAUAAAUACUAGAAGGAAGUUAAAUAAAUUCUUGCAAACUAAAACUAACAAGCUUUUCAUCAACAAAAAGAGAUUGAAGCGUCAUAUUGAUAAAAUAAGAAUUAUUGCGACAGAUAAAAGUGGCAUAACUAGACAAGUGCCAUUCAAACGCCAAGAGGAUCAUAAUAUAUUCGUUGUGUCAAAUGAAGAUGAUUUCUCCAAUAGGGCUGUUAUUAGAGAAGUAUUACCUGGAGAUGAAGGAAAUGGCGAAAGGAUGCAAGAAAGACCCGACAAAGGUGAAGACACUUUUGACUACGGUCAAAACCAAGGCCAAGCGUACCUGAUGGAGGAGAGUCAACCAGUAGAAAACUAUGUAACACAUGUUUUCGACGGGCGAUCAAGACAUAAUCCAUUGAUGUCAAAAUAUCCUCAUGUAUUCAUGGAAGAGAUAACGAAAUCAAAAGAAAACGACAUGUCUCCAGCUGUUUACGGCAAUAUAAGAAACGUUAUGUCCGAUGUAGAAAAUAAAUACAAUAUUGAACAAUAUGAAAUGCCAGUUCCAGUGUUUGAGCCUACGACUGAAAAUUACAAUCACAUACAAAAUAAUUCGACAGUAAAAUUGUCAGUUCCAAAUACAACAAAAGCUAAGUACAAACUCUCGGUGAAAAUCAUGCCUAAAAACAUAACUGAAUUAAAAUCUGGCUUCAAAGAAAUUCAUACGAGUAUCAACAAGAGUUAUGACAAAGAUGGUUUGCGUUUUUACUCUUUAGUGAACGUAUCGGAAAUAUCUAAAAUUGAGAACAUUGAGAAUAUAACUCGAGGCAAAAGAAAAAAUGAAACAGUUAUAACAACAACCACAGUGAGUCCAAGGUUGAAGGCGCAACAAUACAAAAUUAAAUCGAUGUUGAAAAGACACAAAGACAUGAUAGAUUUACAAUUGGCUCAUCUAAAUAAAGAAAAACAACAUUUGGAUAAAAUUCUAGUACUCAAUCAAAGUGAUUCAGACGAGGUUUUAGAUAUAAAGUUGCCUGGAGAAACUCGCGCGAUCCAAAUUAAAAAGAGUGAACUCAGUAAAUUAUUGGCAACAGUUUUGGGGGUUAAUCAAAAUGGACCCCCGAUUCCUGCAGUCACUCCGAAUCCUCAACAGCUUUUUGCUGCCAGUGUCACUGUACCACAGCCUGUUACAGUUGUCACCUCUCCGCCACCUCCUCCUAUUGUUCCUGUUAAUGUACCUAACGCCAUGCCAGUAAAUGUUCCCUCGGUGCCAGCAAACGUGCCCACAAUGUCAGCAAAUGUACCCACUGUGCCAGUAAAUGUACCGCUCACACCAGUUAACAUACCGACAAUACCGCUAAAAGCAACGGACAAGAAGCUGAUAAACAUUAUAGAGAAAAAUGGUAAGCUCACUAAGGAAAUAUUGAACAAAAUUGACAGAAACACGGAAAUGUUAGAAGCGUUUUUAGUUAAACUCAUAGACAAGAUUGAAGACAAAUACGAAAAGACUACAGAAAGGCCUGUGGAGAAGUCUUUAGACUACCGAGAUGAGGUCAACAAGCGAAAAGAGUUACCAUUAUAUUCCCCUAGAGAAAAUUUCAAUCUUAUUAAACAAAUGAAUCCCAAAAAUGAUACAUACGGUAUACCUUUUAUCUAUGCUUAUCAACAUCCUUAUGUUCUUCCAGACAAACCUAAUAGCCAAGUAGCUAAUGUAGUUUACCACGGUCACAUACACGCGGACAACAAACAACACACAAACGACGUCAUGAACGGAAACGCCAAAAUGAUCAUGCCGAAAAGUCCUGUCAAUAGUGAAGUCAUGAAAAUGGAGACGAAAAGUAAGUUUUUCAUAGACAAUGAUAUGGCAAGCGGUGGCAACGGGGCCAUGAUAAAACCAAAUAAAUACGUGAAUCCAUCUUCGACGGCAAAUCCUAUGCAACACUGAUUUUAUGGCAAUAAAACAAAUUGAAAAUU